UAUUCAUUAAUUUAUUUCUGUUGAUCAUGGCAACCAAUAAAACAAAGGCUAUUCGCACUCCAAUCGAUAUACCGUUUACGUUUGACAAUGAUACCCUGGAGAGCAAGGCAGCGAUCAACAAUGAUCUGAAACGAUCCAAUGCUUCGAACGCUUCGCCCAAUAAUGAAGCUUUUACUAUUUUGAGAAUCAAACGCAAGCGCAAUGAGGAGCCUUUGGAUACACUCGUGGUAGAGGAACAAUUAGAAAAGAUGCAAGGGAAGAAGUUGAUGACUCAGGAAGACAAGGAGCAACAAGAGGCAGAAAAUGCGAAAGCGGGAGAUGUAGCACUUCCAAAGCCAUCAGCUGUAUUCAGACUUGCCACUACCGUCAAAAAGAGCAGUUUCAGGGACCCUGUACAAUCCAUUCAAUUGAGAGAUAGGAUUAAUCACUUGGCAGAGACGACACGGCGUCCUAGAUCCCGUCUAUCGGAGCGCCUUCAGGAUCUAGAGAAUAUAACCCAAAAGAACAGGGCAGAGCUAACAGAAAAAAUACAACGUGACGCACAGUCAGCACGCUACAGAGUCAUCAACCAGAACAGAGUGGGACUUUCUUCACAUGGACAGCUACCACCGAAAGUCAUCUCUUCUGCGGAGGCACAAGCUGAGACUGUGCUGGACAUGUUCAAGAUGUAUGAUGCUGUCAAAGAGGAGGCGCCUAAGACAAAGGAACAACUGAUGAAUGAAGCAGAGGAAUCCGAUAUCAUGUGUAACUUUUUACCCAUGGUGCGCGAAUACUUGACAAUCUCUGAGCAACCAUCAGAUCCAAAGAUCAUCACCGAUGCAACUGAGGAGCGUAAUCGGUCGUCAACCCCUCUGUCUAGAAAGAGUAAUGAUGUAUUAGAAGGCGAAGAAUCGGACGAUGAAUACGUUUAUGACAUUUACUAUCGGGAUCUGCAUGCAGAUCAUUUGCAGGAGUCACAACAUCGCACUAUCGGUUCAUUACUUUGGUUUAGCGAUGAUGAAAACAAUUUUGUUCAUGAAGACGAUUCUAGCGAAAACGAUUAUGAAGACUCGGAUUCGAAUGCAGAAGAUUAUUAUCAGAACGACUAUCCUGAAGAACUUAGUGAUGAUGAAUAUGCAUAUGAACACGAGUUGUCCGACACAGAUGAUGAUGAUUACUUGUAUUAAACUAUUAAACUUGAACUUACCACGAAUCUCGGGAUGUUUCAGG